UAUUUUGUGCCCAAUGGAAAUGAAUGGUAAAUAAUGUAUUGUGUCAUUUUCUAGUCACUUUUAUUGCAAAUAAGAAUAGAAUAGGUUUCUAAACACAUUAAUGUGGAUGCUACCAUGGUUACGGAGAGUCCUGGAUGAAUCGUGAAAACAGAUGAGUGAGAAAGUUACAGACGCACCAAUAUCAUACCCCCCCCAAAAAAUGGUAACCUCCCCAGUUAUUGUAAUGGUGAGAGAUUAGCAUGUCUUGGGGGUAUGAUAUUUGUGUCUCUAUAACUGUAAAAAGUGCUGGAGUACAGAGCCAAAACAACAACAAAAUAGUCGGUGUCCCAAUAAUUACGGAGGGAAGUAUAUAUAUUUUAUCUGCACUGGAGUUUAAGUAAUAGUUAUUUGCUUCAUUACCUGUUUUUUUUAUUGUGCUGUUCCUCCUCCUCCCCCCAUUCUAGCUGACUCAACCCUGCCCCGGACCAGCACCACCCGCAGCUCCAUAGCUAGCACCACCAACGCCACCCCCCGUGUCCGCCCCACCACCACCAAACCAGCCACCGCCCCCUCCUCCUCCACAGUACCAGAGAAGAAGCCCCCUGGGCCCAGGGUCCCCCGUCCCACCUCUACCACCACCUCGGGCAGUGCCAGCGCCUCGGGGACCACCUCCCGCCCAAGCACAGCCCCCGCACCAGACAUCCGCAACGUGCGCUCCAAGAUCGGCUCCACGGACAACAUGAAGUACCAGCCCGGAGGGGGGAAGGUAGGGGGUCGUGCAUAAGUGAUGGAGGGGGUGCUUUCGGGGGGGGGGGGGGGGGGGGGGGGGGGGUGGAGACAGUGGGAUGGACUGAUAUUCUUAUUGGGGAUCCCACGUUGAUUAUUGGGGAUCCCACGUUGAUUAUUGGGGAUCCCACAUUGAUAUUGCAAAGGCUUAUGAGCCAGGUUCUAUUUUAUACAUUAGUUCUUACAUUAAUAAAAUUGGUAUUCUGUUUCAAAGAUGGGCUUGCUUUACAGACACUGUUGUUAUGAUAUUCUGUAGGGUUCUGCAUGUUGAUUCUCAGUGUUGACCAUCUAAUGGCUUUGCCUCCUACAGGCAGGUUAUGUUCAGUAGAUGAUGACUCAGUUAACUCAGUUAAAUUUUCCCAUAGUACAAGCCUCCUGACAUCACAUCCCGCAUCAGAGCUGUCCCAGUUAACAACCCCCUCCUCCUAGUUUCGUCUCCCACCUAGUAACUGGUCCCAGCUUGUCUCCUAUUUUACCCGUUGUAAUUCAAAAUGUUCGCCAGUUAAUCUCAGUUAACUCUGUGACUUCCUCCAUAAAUCUCCAUUUGAUUCCAUUCACCAUCUUGCAUCCAUCCUGACAUCUCACCCCAUUCUCUGCAUCUGCCUCUGUAGUACUUCACCUCUCACUUCCUUUUUCCUGUCUGUCCCCUUAUUCUAUAGCUUUCACUUUUACUGUCAAGUGUCAACAUGGUGGAAUAACCAAGUCCAAUGUUGGAAUAACCAAUAACCAACGUUGAAAGAAAAAUGGUUCCACGUGUUGAGCGAUAGACCCCAAACUGCAUGUUCCCAGUAACGCAGCCAUGCAUGUUCCCAGUAACGCAGCCAUGCAUGUUCUCUGAAAUAAACGGAGCCCUGCUGUUUUGGAUACAUCAUCAGAAUAGAGGAGGUAGUCCUGCUGUCCGCUCUCCUCCCUCCCUUCCCACGUUCCACCCCUCCGUUGGUCUUCCUGUAUUGACCCAAGGUGGGCCUUGUCUCCCCAGGUCUCUGGCAGGAGCGACGCCCUGGGCCAAGGCUCCUCCUCCAAAGAGACCAGCCAGGUCAAAGUGAGUUCACCCCCCAUCGCUCAUCUCAUCCUAUUGCUUUUUUUUCUCCUCUUCAAAUCUCCCUCUUUCUAACCCUCUGUUUACUACUCUCUCUCUCGCUUUCACUCUCUCGCUUUCACUCUCUCGCUUUCACUCUCUCGCUUUCACUCUCUCGCUUUCUCUCUCUCGCUUUCUCUCUCUCGCUUUCACUCUCUCGCUUUCACUUUCUCGCUUUCACUCUCUCGCUUUCACUCUCUCGCUUUCUCUCUCUCGCUUUCACUCUCUCGCUUUCACUCUCUCGCUUUCACUCUCGCUUUCACUCUCUCGCUUUCACUUUCUCGCUUUCACUCUCUCGCUUUCACUCUCUCGCUUUCACUCUCUCGCUUUCAAUUUUUCUCAUUAUAUUGUCUCUCACCCUGUCUUUCUCUGUCCCUCUCUCUUUCUCUCUCAUUUUUGUCUCUUGCCUUGUCUUUGUCUUCCCCAAGCUGUUCAUAUCUCCGCCCUCUGUUUGUUACCGUUUUUUUUUAUUGCAACAUUUCAUUCUUCACACACAUAAAGACACGCACUCACUCAUCUCUGAUUGUCCCUCAUUCACUGCAUGGACUGACUGACGGACGGCUGUCUAAAGUAGAUGGACGAGUGACUGACCGACCGACUGACACACACUGGUCCUGAGUUUUCCAUUGUGAAAAUGCAGCCUGAAAACAGAGGCAUGAUGAAUCACUCAGUGGACUGUGUUUACAGCCAGACAUCUUUUCUGGAAUUUCUAUUGUCAACGUGUGACAGCAAAGAAACAACCGUUCUGAUUCAUGUUGUAUUUUAGGUUUCACCUCAAAAACAGAGUUAGUGAUUAUUGAGAUAUGGAAGAACUGUAAAUGGGAUACCAGAUCGGAUGGCAUACCCUUGGAGGGGAGACACACAUCCGUGGUAGACUGCUCACAGGAAUUCAUACAGUAACACAAGGCUCAAGCCAGAGAGCCAGCAGUCCAUAUUGACAAUGUUGCUUGACAGCAAUACAAAUAUAUAUAUAUAUAUCCUGUAUCAUGGUUUGAAAACGGGCCUGGCCUGCAGCAUAGUGUUUAAUGCCCUGAGGCAGAGUAGUUGCUGAGGGCUGUGAUAAGUCAUUAAGUCAUUAUCUUUCUGAGUUCUGCUCAGUCAUACACUCUACUAAAAUCUCCCUAAUUAUCAUAAUGAUACCCACCGGACUCCGAUGGCUGUCAAGGAUCUGAGCUUAAACCUUGUACUGCUUAGUGUGUGUGUGUGUGUGUGUGUGUGUGUGUGUGUAUUUGUGUGUUUUUUUGUUUAUGUAUCCUUGUGGGUACCAGAAUUCAUUUACAUUUACAGAAUUCCUCACUAGGAUAGUAAAACAAGGAAAAUUCAGACAAGUGGGAACAUUUUGCCAGUCCCCACGAGGAAAAAUGCUAUUUUAGGCUUAGGGUUUAGGGUUAGGGUUAGAAUUAAGGUUAGGGUUAGGAGCUAGGGUAAGGUAUAGGGUUAGGAGCUAGGGUAAGGUAUAGGGUUAGGAGCGAGGGUAAGGUAUAGGGUUAGGAGCUAGGGUAAGGUAUAGGGUUAGGAGCUAGGGUAAGGUAUAGGGUUAGGAGCUAGGGUAAGGUAUAGGGUUAGGAGUUACGGUUAGGUAUAGGGUUAGGAGCUAGGGUAAGGUUUAGGGUUAGGAGCUAGGGUAAGGUAUAGGGUUAGGAGCUAGGGUAAGGUAUAGGGUUAGGAGCUAGGGUAAGGUAUAGGGUUAGGAGCUAGGGUAAGGUAUAGGGUUAGGAGUUACGGUUAGGUUUAGGGUUAGGAGCUAGGGUAAGGUAUAGGGUUAGGAGCUAGGGUAAGGUUUAGGGUUAGGAGUUACGGUUAGGUUUAGGGUUAGGAGCUAGGGUAAGGUAUAGGGUUAGGAGCUAGGGUAAGGUUUAGGGUUAGGAGUUACGGUUAGGUAUAGGGUUAGGAGCUAGGGUAAGGUAUAGGGUUAGGAGCUAGGGUAAGGUUUAGGGUUAGGAGUUACGGUUAGGUUUAGGGUUAGGAGCUAGGGUAAGGUAUAGGGUUAGGAGCUAGGGUAAGGUAUAGGGUUAGGAGUUACGGUUAGGUUUAGGGUUAGGAGCUAGGGUAAGGUAUAGUUUUAGGUUUAGGGUUAGGGUUACAAUUAAGGUUAGGGUUAGGGAAAAUAGGAUGGGAAUCAAUUUGGUCCCCACAAGGAUAGCUGUGUGUGUGUGUGUGUGUGUUCGCGAGCAUAUGUGUUUCCUUUGCUUAACUGUCAGCACAAGGGUGGGUGCAGUGAUUUCUUACAAACAUGUCUAGUGAACUGUAUGAAGUUGUCAUGUUCCUGUCUAAAUCUAAGUACUGGGUUUGUGGGUUCAUGGUACUAGUGUCAUAUUGUCACAGUGUUAUUAUCGGUCUAUGUGCUAACAAGUAUGAAUGUCUCAAUAUGGCAGGAUAUCACCAGGGUGACUAAUUAACAAACAAGUAUGAAUGUCUCAAUAUGGCAGGAUAUCACCAGGGUGACUAAUUAACAAACAAGUAUGAAUGUCUCAAUAUGGCAGGAUAUCACCAGGGUGACUAAUUAACAAACAAGUAUGAAUGUCUCAAUAUGACAGGAUAUCACCAGUGUGACUAUUAAACAAACAAUGACACAAGCCAUCCACUUAAGACCAUUAGAAGGGCAUAUGCAUAGCAAUAUCAACAGUGAUGAACACCAACACAGUUCUGCUGAGUAUCACAAACAACACAAGUAGGUUAGCAACAACAUACAGUACAUAUACAGGUGGAACCAUCACUAUCAUAAUACAUUCACAUAUAAAGGUGGCCUGUUUCAAUACCGCAGCAAUUGAGCAUCCUCAAAGGGCAGGUGUGGAUGUGGGACCCGCAUGCGUGACUUUAAUAGACCUCUCUGUGUGGCCUCUAGGUGUUUUCUGCUCUCUUCUCUUCCUUCCUCGUCACAGCACGCCCUCACCCCGACCCUCCCUCUAACCCUAACCCCCACGGUGACCCUACUCUUCCUCUAACCCCCCACGGUGACCCUACUCUUCCUCUUUGCCUGCCAUGCUGUGUUUGUAGGUUCAGAUAGUCUCCAAAAAGCUGGACUUCAGCCACGUCACCUCACGCCUGGGUUCUAAGGACAAUAUCAAGCAUGUUCCUGGUGGAGGGAAGGUUAGUACCGGAUUGCGGCUUAGCUUCAAUGGCCCAAACGCCACAUGACCGACCACACAUCAUUACCAAUAAAUACCUUGGGGUUUUUAUUAGAUAUCUUCUGCUGAAGACUCCGCUGGAACAGGUCUGAGACUGAACUGCACUAAUACAAAAAAAUAAUAACUCCCCCGCCCAUUUAUUGUGGACUUUUCGGUCUGAGACCUUUUUCAAGAACCUGACUCAUAGACUCAAAUGAUCUGAGUCACUGUCCUACAGUUGACAGUUAUGUUCAGGAUUCGGUUCUAGUCUAGGAAAUUCUACAGUGCUGCCCCCUUCUGGCACUGGCACGUCAUUGCUUGAACGCAUCGCUCCUGCCGAUUGACACCACCAAACGCUUUUGAGACACGUCACUCUUAAUCACAGUUGUUUUCCCUUUCUGUUGUUUUUGGACCUUGGCGACGAGGCUAUUGUUCAGCACGGUAGCUUUAGCUAGCCCGCCUCCCUAGUGCCUGCUGCUGCCUUUGGUUUAGACUGUCUCUGUCUCUGUCUCUAACUCACUCAACACCAAACACCACCCUUACUUGUCUGACCUCUGACCUGCACAGACACUCAACCCUGAUUGGCUCUCCAUGCAUACUUCCUCCUUUGAUUGGUUGUGCUCUUAUUGCUACUGAAUGCGGUGGACAUUGGUAGAAGGGGGUAGUACAUGACUUUUUCCAAGAACAGAUGGCUGAUGAUCAAGCUGAAUAGAUUCAACUGCAUGGCGAAGAAGAUGGCUGUCAUGGCUCAUUGACCGAUUUUCAUGAAUUACCUCUUCAGUGUGUGUAACUGGGUUUGAUGUAUAUUUGCAGGUUCAGAUACUCAACAAAAAGGUGGACCUAAGCAAAGUGACAUCAAAGUGUGGUUCCAAGGCCAACAUCAAACACAAGCCUGGUAAGGUCCUCAUGGGUAGACCUGUUGAGUUGCCAUCCUGUAUGUACACAGUAAUACAUGUGUCUCUGUGUUUUAUUGACCACAGCACUUACUGUCAUUAUAUUCUCAACUGUAUAUAAGUAUUGAUAGAUGAAAUCCAAAAGUAAUUAAGGAACAUGACUACCAAAGAUGAUUAUAAAGAUUAAGCAGAACAUCUGUCCAUUGGCCUCCCGAAUGGCUCAGCGGUCUAAGGCACUGCAUCGCAGUGUUUCAGCGUCACUACAGCCUGGGGUUCGGCCGGGCGCCUGCAGGCUGACCUCGGUCGUCAGUUGAACGGCGUUUCCUCCGACACAUCGGUGCAGCUGUCUUCUGGGUUAAGCGAGUGGGUGUUAAGAAGCGCGGUUUGGCGGGUCAUGUUUCAGAGGACGCAUGAUUCGACCUUCGCCUCUCCCAAGACCGUUGGGGAGUUGCAGCGAUGAGACAAGAUAAAACGGGGGGUGAAAAAAAAGAAAAACAUCUGUCCAUUGCUCUUUUAAUCACCAGCUGAUUAAUUUGUAAGUCGCUCUGGAUAAGAGCGUCUGCUAAAUGAUGUAAAUGUAAAUGUAAUAUUCCUUAGACCUGUGCAGUGUAUCUCUAUGCUGUUCCACUGACUGUGUGUGUCCUGUAGGGGGCGGCGAUGUGAAGAUCGAGUCCCAGAAAGUGAACUUCAAGGAUAAGGCUAAGUCCAAAGUGGGCUCAAUGGACAACCUGUGUCACGAGCCAGGCGGUGGCAACAUCAAGGUGAGGUCACCAGACAAAGGGGCCUCAUACUGAGUAACUUUAUACUCCUACUUACACACACAUUACAGUUUAGUCUCAUACAUCUGGUGCAUGUCAGACGUUCAGCCUGUAUCAAAUGGCAUAGUCGAGAAAUGUGAUCUCCACAAUGUUAGCAUUCUGAAAAACAUUUAAGGGAGGAUAGCCAAAGGCACAGGUACAGUAAGUGCUAUCUGUAUUUUGUCCCUGUUUACUGAUCGAUGGUAAUGCCACGUUAUUACAAUACACUGUGGACAAUACCAGCUGUGGAAAGUGUCGCUCCCCACUGUUUUGUUUGUUUGUUUGUGUGUGUGUGUGAGAGAGAGACAGAGAGACAGAGAGACAGAGCGAGAGAGAGACAUAAAAAUAAGCAAUGAGGGGGAAAGCAUUGCAUUUAGUUUCUCUGUUUGUACUCUUUCCUCACUGUGUUGAUAACAACACUUGAAGAAUGCUGGGAGGUGUUUUACUCAUGGCGGUUGACAGCAUGGUUCUCUCUCUUCCUGCGGCACCUCCAGAAUCUGAACUCUCCCUCCUGCCUCCCUCCACCACCUUUUCUCCCUCUCAGAGAUGUAGGAAGACUGGACCUUCAAGCAUGGCUAGGCCCGAGCAGUUCUAGUCUGAGCAACAGCGAAAGACCGGGGGAUGGAAGCAGGGGGUUGGGGUGGAGGAGAGAGAGAGAGAGAGAGAGAGAGAGAGAGGGAUGAGAUGAGAUGAAGAGGGGAUGGAAGGAGGGGGUUGGGGUGGAGGAGAGAGAGAGAGAGAGAGAGAGAGAGAGAGGGAUGAGAUGAAGAGGGGGAUGUGCAUCCCACAGGGGGGAAGGAGAGCCAGACACAGACUGACCCUCAUUCCCCCAUAAGAGGACGUGUGUGAGAGGAGUAAGGAUGACCAAGGGGAGAGGCUGGUGGUACUGGAAGGAACUCUCCUAGGGACCAGCCCUAUCUAGCGUGAUGUCGCCUGUCCCCUCAGCCUAUGACAGUCCAUAUUAUCAGUCACAUCUCAAUGGCUGCACCAUUCAUCUCCUCUGGCACUGUGAAUUAACUUGAACUUUCUGCAAUGCAUAGAGUACACAGUUGAUAAUAAACGCACAUACACAAUGGGACAUGUUCUCAGUUGGUCCUCGAUCACAUUCUUUUGGAUUUCAUCUAUCAAUACUUAUAUACAGUUGAGAAUAUAAUCGCAGUGAGGUGCUAUAGGCCUAUUUCAGAGAUGGUAUACUAUGCCUGCACAUACCUAUCAUCUUACACAACACUUGACCAAUCCAUGUUUACAUCAUACAGUGAGGGGAAAAAAGUAUUUGAUCCCCUGCUGAUUUUGUACGUUUGCCCACUGACAAAGAAAUGAUCAGUCUAUAAUUUUAAUGGUAGGUUUAUUUGAACAGUGAGAGACAGAAUAACAACAAAUAAAUCCAGAAAAACGCAUGUCAAAAAUGUUAUAAAUUUAUUUGCAUUUUAAUGAGGGAAAUAAGUAUUUGACCCCCUCUCAAUCAGAAAGAUUUCUGGCUCCCAGGUGUCUUUUAUACAGGUAACAAACUGAGAUUAGGAGCACACUCUUAAAGGGAGUGCUCCUAAUCUCAGUUUGUUACCUGUAUAAAAGACACCUGUCCACAGAAGCAAUCAAUCAAUCAGAUUCCAAACUCUCCACCAUGGCCAAGACCAAAGAGCUCUCCAAGGAUGUCAGGGACAAGAUUGUAUACCUACACAAGGCUGGAAUGGGCUACAAGACCAUCGCCAAGCAGCUUGGUGAGAAGGUGACAACAGUUGGUGCGAUUAUUCGCAAAUUGAAGAAACACAAAAUAACUGUCAAUCUCCCUCGGCCUGGGGCUCCAUGCAAGAUCUCACCUCGUGGAGUUGCAAUGAUUAUGAGAACGGUGAGGAAUCAGCCCAGAACUACACGGGAGGAUCUUGUCAAUGAUCUCAAGGCAGCUGGGACCAUAGUCACCAAGAAAACAAUUGGUAACACACUACGCCGUGAAGGACUGAAAUCCUGCAGCGUCCGCAAGGUCCCCCUGCUCAAGAAAGCACAUAUACAGGCCCGUCUGAAGUUUGCCAAUGAACAUCUGAAUGAUUCAGAGGAGAACUGGGUGAAAGUGUUGUGGUCAGAUGAGACCAAAAUCAAGCUCUUUGGCAUCAACUCAACUCGCCGUGUUUGGAGGAGGAGGCAUGCUGCCUAUGACCCCAAGAACACCAUCCCCACCGUCAAACAUGGAGGUGGAAACAUUAUGCAUUGGGGGUGUUUUUCUGCUAAGGGGACAGGACAACUUCACCGCAUCAAAGGGACGAUGGACGGGGCCAUGUACCGUCAAAUCUUGGGUGAGAACCUCCUUCCCUCAGCCAGGGCAUUGAAAAUGGGUCGUGGAUGGGUAUUCCAGCAUGACAAUGACCCAAAACACACGGCCAAGGCAACAAAGGAGUGGCUCAAGAAGAAGCACAUUAAGGUCCUGGAGUGGCCUAGCCAGUCUCCAGACCUUAAUUCCAUAGAAAAUCUGUGGAGGGAGCUGAAGGUUCGAGUUGCCAAACGUCAGCCUCGAAACCUUAAUGACUUGGGGAAGAUCUGCAAAGAGGAGUGGGACAAAAUCCCUCCUGAGAUGUGUGCAAACCUGGUGGCCAACUAAGUCAUGUUUUGCAGAGGGGUCAACUGCUUAUUUCCCUCAUUAAAAUGCAAAUCAAUUUAUAACAUUUUUGACAUGCGUUUUUUGGAUUUUUUUGUUGUUAUUCUGUCUCUCACUGUUCAGAUAAACCUACCAGUAAAAUGAUAGACUGAUCAUUUCUUUGUCAGUGGGCAAACGUACAUAAUCAGCAGGGGAUCAAAUACUUUUUCCCCUCACUGUAUUUGUUUUGGCGCUCUCUAUGGUUUAGGUAUGCACAUUUCUUUCAAAUUAAAAUGGUGAUAAAACCCAGGGUUUAAUGGGUUUGAAAUAUAUUGAAUGACACACACAUUUACUGAACGAUCUAACUUCCCCUGGAUUUUAUCAUUGGUCCCUUCCAUUGUAGUCUCUUUGUGAAAUAGUGACACCUGAUUUAUGGACCCAGAGACUCCUACUACGUACUCCUACACCCCUGUCUAAAGAUUCAGAUUAUUAUUAUUCCAAUUGUUAAAUAUAGAUUAAGAAUAUAUUCCUCAUCUAAUAUGUUUGAGUAAAUAUAGCUCGAUUUUCCACGUGAUUUGAUUCUGUCAGACCACUCACCCUGGUUGUGCUAUAGCUUUAAUGAUUUUCUUACCAUUUUUAUUGAAGACAUCCUCAGCGCUUGCCAUGUUUUCUUUGAGUACUCUUGUUGUCCUACUGUACACACACUGCAAACCCUUUUCCAUUCCAUUGCCCCAACUGACACCCUGCCACUGUAUGUGUUUCUAGGCUGAGGGUGCCCAGGAGAUAGCAGAGGGGAAUGGGGUUCCCCCCAGUGAUACCCCAACCCUAGCCCCAGUCUCUGCCACGGUGCCAGGGCAGGCAAAGAGCCCCGCCCAGGAGAAUGGGGUGAAGGAGGGCGCCCCGUGCCAGGGCCUCCAUUACCCCCAGGGCCUGGACUCACGUAUCCCUGAGACAAGUAAGUAUGCCCUCCUCCCAAGCCGACCUGUCCCCCACCUCUCCUCGCUCCUCCAGGGCCGCGUACCACUCCUGACUCCUUGUCAGACUCCUAUCCCCUGAUGUGAGUCCAGGCUCUGUCGUAGCUGGCCGUGACCGGGAGACCCAUGGGGCGGCGCACAAUUGGCCCAGCGUCGUCCAGGGUAGGGGAGGGAAUGGCCGGCAGGGAUGUAGCUCAGUUGGUAGAGCAUGGCGUUUGCAACGCCAGGGUUGUGGGUUCGAUUUCCACGGGGGGCCAGUAUAAAAAAAUAAAAUAAUAAUGUAUGCACUCACUAACUGUAAGUCGCUCUGGAUAAGAGCGUCUGCUAAAUGACUAAAAUGUAAAUGUAAAAUGUGAGCUGAAAUGAGGCCUCUCAAAUACUGGCCUGUACCUUUGACCACCUAGCUUCAAUCCAAAUGUGCUUUAUGAAUGUCUGGUCUGGAGAGGGGCCUUUUGAAGUUGGGAUGCAAAAGGAGCAGAGAGGGUCUGUUAUCUAAAUGACUUUGUGACGUCCUUAUUUAUUUUGUGAAUUAUUUAAUUUGUACAUGAAGUCCCUGACCUCCACAUGACCUUUGACUUCUUAUUCUACAGGCGUCUAAUUCUUCUUUGUGUUAUCCCUCUACCCUCCUCAUCUCAACCCCCUCAACAUCUCCUCUCUCUCUCCUCCUCUCCUCUCUCUCCUUCACUCCUCUCGCUCCUUCACUCCUCUCUCUACUUCACUCCUCUCUCUCCUUCUCUCCUCGCUCUCCUUCUCUCCUCUCUCUUCUCUCUCUCCUUCACUCCUCUCUCCUCCUCUCCUCUCUGUCCUUCACUCCUCUCUCUCCUUCACUCCUCUCUCCCUCCUCUCUUCUCUGUCCUUCUCUCUCUCUCCUCUCUCUCCUUCACUCCUCUCUCCCUCCUCUCUUCUCUGUCCUUCUCUCUCUCUCCUCUCUCUCCUUCACUCCUCUCUCUUCUCUCCUCCUCCAGAUUGAGUCUUUCAAGCUCAACUUCUGCGAGAACGCCUGCUCUCGCACGGACCACGGCGCCGACAUCAUAACCUGGCCGCCAGCCUCGGACGACAGCCCCUCACACCUGCAACCCAGCGUCUCUCUCAAUGACUCCCAGGCCUCCGCCAGCUACCCCUGCUGCCCCCGGCCCCCUCACUCCUCCCCCUGCUGGGGCAUGGGGGCAACGGCACAC